AUGUCUCAUAGAACUGAAGAGCCUCCAAAGUCUCUUGCCUGUACUCACUCUACUCGCUCUACUCGCUCUACUCGCUCUGUACACAGCCUUCAUCCAGAUCCAGCUCCAAAUCGGAGAUACAGCAAUUCGGUCUCAUUUGACCGGUCACCUGAGGUGCCUGAGAAGCCUAAAAAUGCAUUGAGCCCUGGCUCCAGGUCAUACAAGGCCAAGUCUAAUCGGCAGAGUCUUGUAUCCCGAAAUGUGUCACCUGCAUCCCGAAACGCGCCACCUGUUACUCCUAUUGGGAGAGUCCACGGACUGCCAAGGAAGUUCGUAGGAGGAAGGAAGCGAAUUGAGGCACUUCUAUAUGGCGGAAAGCACUGUGUGAUGGAAAUGUGGAAUUUUAAGAUGGGCCCCGUUCACCUGACGCAUAUCCUGGCACGGGCAACCUCUGAAGAAAUCACACGUCGAUUGGAAUAUCACCUUGGUAUGUUCCCUGAUUCGUUGAACCUUGAUUGCAGCCAGAACAUUGCUUCCAUGUCACCGACGCAACACACAUUGUAUGACAGUGGCAAGACUGCCUGGCUCAUGUCACCGGCAGUGCUGGACCAGCUGUUAGAAAUCUUUGAACGUCGCUCACGGUUCACAGCAGAAGAGCGCCAGGCAUUUGAAAUGCAAGCUUGGGAGUAUCAAGUUGUUUCACUCAGCAAAGCCUGCCCAUCCUUCGUCCGGGAAAGUCACCCAGGUGCAGCCCAAGAAAUAAUCAAUUUUCCAUACAAUGUCCGUAUAAAGAGCCAGGUUCACCCCGCAUUCGUGUUCAUGAGCACGACCACAAAGCUGCUGGCUCUCGCACUUGAUUACUUGAACUAUUACCCGGACUAUCACCAGUCGGACUAUUCUGAUGCCGAAUCCGAGUCCUCGAGCGAGUUGAGCGACCUCACCGACUCGCCCUGCCCGUCCCAUGGGUCCACCAUGCCGGAGUCUCUGCCCAUGUCCCGGAGUGAAUCAAUCGACUUCAGUGCAGCCCUAUCCGCUUCGAUGAGCGUUCGCAAACAUUCCAUCGCUAACGACGAUGCUGCAGGUGUGGCCCCGAGGACACGCAGACGCUACACUACCAAGCAAGCAAGCACGUCGAAUGCCUUUUACGCCACUAACCCCGUCAACACUCCCGAUAAUCCCUUCUAUGACGACAUCGCCCCAUCAUCCUAUAUCACUGAAAAGACUGACGAUUGA